AUAAUAUAUUUACAAACAAAACCUACUAGAUAUCUUGUCCUUGUCCUGCCACCUCCUUCUGCUCUCCUUAGACAAUUAUUUUGUCUUGUUGCAGCAUUGAUAACAGAACACAACAGUUAGCAUUUUUCUUAAGUAAAACUUAUUUUAAAAGGUCAAUUGUAAAAAGGGAUAGAGCAGAGUAUCACCAUUUGAGCAUUUAAGCAGGGAUUUCAUCAGAAAUUAAAUUGAAUCAAAAUAAAAAAUAUUUUUAUAUUCAAACAAUCCUAAUUUAUUUUCUUCAAUAUAAAUAAGAAGUAACAGAAAGUAUGGAGGGGGAUCUGAAGGCGGCCAUCGUAUUGAUUCAAACACAUAACAAAUCAACAAAAAAAACCUAGCCACUAAACAUACAACACAAGAAAAAAUAAUAACCAUCAACGAACAUCAAGAACACAAAUUUAAGUGCAAGAAAUAAAAAGAGGAGGGAACUGAACCUUACAGCAUUGCUGCCACGCUUGAAGAUUCUAACCGCCACGCCGGAUUUUCGUUUCCCAUUCUGGGAAUUUUUGAAUACGCAGUUGCUAGCAUAAAAAGUUUGUAAUGGGUUCAGAAAGAAGGAAAGCAUUACCAUUCAAAGCCAAAAUGCCAGAUAUUUCCAACAUAUCAAGACUUUUGAAUGAACUUCCCGCAUGCUUCAGGGUUACUUUGCAAGGAAAGUUUGGCCAGAUUUUGGAUCUCCUCUCAGUAGAUGUUCAAACACCAGCCAUCACCGCUUUGGCUCAGUUCUAUGAUCCUCCGCUUCGAAGUUUCUUAUUCCAAGACUUUCAGUUGACUCCAACCUUGGAGGAAUUCGACCGGCUCUUGGGAUUUUCUAUGAAAGGAAAGACACAUAUAAUAGAAUUGGUUAGGUACCUGAGGUAGAGAUGCUAGCCCUUGCACUCCACAUCCCCAUAUCUGAUGCAUUGGCUAAUUGGAAGAGAAGGGAGAAUCUCUUUGGUUUUUGGAGGGCUUACAUAGAAGAAGCAGAAAGGUUGUUUGUGAUACAUCAUUGGGAUGCGUUGGCAAAUAUACUAGCUCUUCUCAUAUAUGGGCUAGUAUUGUUCCCAACCCAUGAAGGUUUUAUAGAUUCAGCUGCCAUAAGUAUCUUUUGGGCCGUUUGGAAGGAUAAACAAAGUUUGGUUCCUCCAUUACUAGCUGACACUUUUCAUACUUUGCAUACUCGACAUCAAAAGAAGAAUGGAAUGUUGAUAUGUUGCCUUCCAUUGCUCUAUAAUUGGCUUAUCUCAUAUGUGUUCAAGCUUAAUGCUCACAUCAGUGAAAUGUCCAAUGGGGAGUGGGAAAGAACUCUGGUGUCUUUGUCUAGUAAGGAUAUCAUUUGGUACCGACACAAGCUGAAUGUUGAAGAAAUCAUUAUCAGUUGUGGUAGUUUCCCAAAUGUACCACUAAUAGGAUCUAAAGGUUGCAUCACCUACAACCCCAUGUUAGCUCUGCGACAGUUUGGAUACCCUAUGCGUGGGAAGCUCGGUGAUAAAGAGUUAGAAGAGAUGGUUUUGAAUGAUAUGGGAACCAAUGAUCCUUUUCUCCUCCGUAAGAUCAUCCGAUCUUGGGAAAAGGUGCAUACCAAAGGAAUAGAAUUAGUAAAGAAGAAUGAUGCAACAAGGGUUCCUUAUCAGCAAUGGGUCUCGGAGUGGAUCAAAGUUGUGUAGCUCCAUUUUUCUAUAGAGAUUCCUCUAAAGUAUACUUCACCAGAACCAAUCCCUGUUUCUCUUGAAGAGGUGGAAGAACUUCGAGACAUGGUAGCUAAACUUGGAAAGGAGAAAGAGGAUCUGCAAUCUGAACUCUACAAAGAAACUGAGGAAAAUAUGAUUCUCAAGAGGAAGAGUAACCAAAGAAAGGAACUUUUGGAGGAGAGUCGUAAGAAGAACAGAAUUGAGCAAGAUCUCAAGGAAAGAGUCUUGGAGUGCCUAGAUCAGGCUGAUAGUGGAUUAGGUUCACUCCAUGAUGAGUUAGCUAAGGCCAAAAGAGAUGGACAAGAGUGGAAGCGUUGGUGGGACCUAGCCACUAAGCAAAAGAAGGAGGUAAGGGAUGAGCUUGAAGCUCAAAUCCAAGAAAUGAAGGAGCAACUUCGAAGCUCUGAAGCUGAAGUGGUGCGUGAAAGACGUCUUAAGGAACAAGCCCAAAGAGCCUCUCAAAUAUGUUCUAAAGCUUGGGAAGAGAAGUGUGAUGAGUUGAAUACCAACAAGGAGCUAGCUAGUUAUUGGAAGGAACAAUAUGAGUCUCUGAAGAGCCAAAGCAUGGGUUGGCUAAAUCAUAAGAAGCAUUUGAAUGAGAUAUUGGAUGAGUAUGAAUGCACCAUCAACCUUCUGCAGCCAAGUAUUGCUGCAUACCGUACGAAGUUGGCUAACCUCAUAGAGUUUUGUAAUGGCGUGGCCAUAGACUUACCAUGGAAAUUAGAAAAUGCUCUAGAGGACAUGGAUGAAAAGAACACUCAUCCUUCGGCUCGUGAGCUUGUUUUGCUUUGUGAAAGGAUGAUGCGAAGAUUCAAAGAAGAAUUGAAGGCCCACAAAGAGCGAGUUGCUAAGAAGACUCUUUAAGUUGUUUGCUUCGUGUUGUUUCCAAUUUUUGUAUUUGGCUUAAUGUUUUGUACCCAUUUUGACUGUAUACUUCGUACUCUUUGGCUUCAUUGAAUGAAUGGGUAUUGAAUUUUUGCAUUAGCUUCUAACUAUUGUCUUCUAUUUCUGUUCACAUUACUUUCAAAGUGCGUGCUCAACAACUGCAAAGUUUAUAAGAAUCCCUAAAAAUAAAUAAACAUAAAAUGCAUUCAUACAUACAUUCAUGCAUUCUCCAUAUAAAUAAAUAAAAACUCAUUCCGUUUUCUCUAUUUAGUUGUUACACACUGAGUCCUCAACACCGCUACAACACAAGAGCCAGCGCUCGUCAAAGAAUGGCAGAUCAAGAACAAGAAUUGGAGAGAGUAAGCUCAGAACUUGAGGACCUACGAGGAAAUAUGGGCCAAGUCAUGGAAAUACUACAAGUCAUUAAGGCCAAAUUGGACACCCAAACGACAGUCGUUUCAGAAAUCACCGGUCCUACGAUUGAACCCCAACCUGCAAAGACAGUGCCUACUACUUGGCUAGUCUUCGGUUUACGUCCCAGCUUUACACCUCCAGUUGAAGGUGCCCCUGGCGUUGUACAAUCCACUCAGCAAACAGUUCCUCUACCAACCAUCAACGAAGCUCAUCCUGUGGUCCACACAUUUGCAUCACCCCUUGUCCAUGCACAUGUGCAACCUUAUUUUGAAGAUCAACAACAUGCUCCAGUUUUUUCUGACGAAGAUGAUGAAAGGCAUGAAGACAUAAGAGGAAUGAAGGAGAAUUUUUAGAUUCUUGAGAAAAGGUUAAGGGCUAUGGAAGGUGACCAAGUCUUUGGUGUUGCUUCUAGGGAGAUGUGCCUAGUGUCUGGUCUCAUGAUUCCCGCAAAAUUCAAGACCCCAGAUUUUGAUAAGUACGAGGGCCACUCAUUCCCUAAAAGUUACCUCAUUAUGUACUAUCGAAAAAUGGCGGUGCACGUGGAAGACGAUAAACUUAUGAUACAUUGCUUCCAAAACAGCUUGAGGGGUGCUCCCUCUAAGUGGUACUUAAGCCUUUAUCAAAGUAGAAUUCGUUGUUUCCAAGACUUAUCUGAUGCUUUCAUCCAGCAUUAUAGGUAUAACAUGGAUAUGGCCCCGGAUAGGAGGCAAUUGCUCAGCAUGUCUAGAAAGAUAACGAGUCUUUUAAGGAAUAUGCACAAUGAUGGAGGGAAGUGGGAGUUAGCAGAUUGGUUCAUGGAUACAGUAAAGCCCAUGUUCUAUGAAAGGAUGGUGAGUAGUGUAUUGGCAAGUUUCUCUGACUUGGUUGUCGUGGGCAUAAAAGUCGAGCUUGGAUUGAAGAAUGGAAAAAUGAUAACCACCACUGAAACAUCCGGUAAUAAUGUCAAGAAGUUUUCCGGAGGUUUUCAAAGAAAGAAAGAGGGCGAAACAAACGCAGCAUCGACCAGUCAAAGAAGGAGUCACUCGUGGAAGAAGUAACAACAACAAAUUGCUCAACAACAACCAGCUUAUCCAGUGCAGUAUAUUCAACAACCGUAUGUGGCAGCAGUCACGCCAACUUUCAACCAAUCACAAGCUCAUGUCUAUCAACCUAUUCAACAAGCACCAGUAUACUAGCAAACACCCAUGCCACCCACUUAUCAACAGCCAAGGGCACAAGCUCCACUUCCAAAAAAUCUUCCAAAUCAAAAUAGGGUACAAUGAGGAAGACCUCCUUUCGCUUCAAUCCCUAUGACGUACACUGAGUUAUACCCAUCGUUGCUGCAGAAAGGGUUGGUGACUCCCAGACCUUUGGGUCCCCCGCCAAAUCCUUUACCUCCAUGGUACAAUCAAGAUGCCCAUUGUAUUUUCCAUGAGGGUGCCCCUGGGCAUGAUUUAGAGGGAUGUUAUGCUUUGAAGCAUAUUGUGCGAGAGCUGGUUGAGAAGAAGAUCCUUUCAUUCUGAGAUGUUGGACCCAACGUAAAAAGUAACCCUCUACCGGCGCAUGGUGAUGUUAAUGCCAUUGAGGAUGUUUCUGAUGUUUGUAUAAUAAAAAAUGUUGAAGAUGUUAAACUCCAUUGCUAGCACUCCAUGCAAGAUUGGUGGGAGCUAGUUUGAUUGAUACCUGUCACGACGACUGUGAAGAAUGUGUCGUUUAUCCAAGGGGAUGUAAAGUGGUACGAACUGAUAUUCAAAACUUGAUGGAUCAAGGUGUUUUGCAAGUUUGUGGUCCUACAGCAAACGAGUAAGUUUCAGUCAUUGAGCCCUUUUUCAAUCUACCAGAACCUGUUGAGAUAAAUUAUCAAAGAAAAGAUGUUGUUCAUCCAUCAUCCGUGGUAGUUUGUAUGCCUAACCGCUUUCCCUUUGAAAGCACCAAGGCAGUACAUUGGAAAUAUGACAUAAUUGUGGUAGAUGGAGUGAUAGAUGAAGAACACAAAGAUGUUGAAGGUGAGAAAAGAUUGGAGAAUGUUGACACCAAUAUCACUAACAUCGUAGGGACGAGCAGGAUGACCCGCAGCGGUCGGAUUUAUACUCCCAAUGUCAAUAUAAUCCCUCAAGAACCAAGAAGGGAAGCUACAACUGCAAAUCCUGCCCCAGAGUAUGGAGGGGUACAGCCGGCAGUGCAAUCAGAUGAAGCGAUUGAAUUUCUAAAAAUGAUAAAGAAAAGCGACUACAAGAUAGUCAAUCAGUUACAUCAAACACCGUCAAAAAUAUCUAUAUUGUCCUUGCUUCUGAAUUCCCAAGCUCAUAGGGAGGCUCUACUGAAAGUGCUUGCUCAAGCUCAUGUUACCCAAGAUAUAACGGUUGGCCAAUUCGAUGUGUUCGCCAAUAUCACAGCCUGCAACACUCUAAGUUUCAGCAAUGAAGAGCUACCCAAGGAAGGGAAGAAUCACAACCGCGCCUUACAUGUAUCCAUAAAGUGCCAAGAAGAUGCUCUGGCCAGGAUUUUAGUUGACACUGGAUCGUCCCUCAAUGUUCUACCAAAGAGGGAGCUUGCUAAAUUAUCUUACCAAGGUUCAGAAAUGAAACCUAGUGCACUUGUGGUAAAAGCAUUUGAUGGUUCUCGGAGGACAGUAGUUGGGGAGGUAGAGCUACCAAUCCAAAUCAGACCGCAUGUAUUCCCCAUCAAUUUCCAAGUCAUGGACAUAAAUCCCACGUAUAGCUGCCUUUUGGGACGUCCAUGGAUACAUGUUGCUGGGGCAGUGACUUUUACUUUGCAUCAGAAAAUGAAGUUUGUCGUCGAUGACAAGCUCGUCAUUGUCUCAGGUGAAGAAGAUUUUAUCAUUAGUCAACUCUCCUCUUUCCGUUAUAUCGAGGCUGAUGAAGAUGCCUUAGAGACCUCUUUCCAAGAACUUAAAAUAUCCAAUGCCACACUUGCAGAAGUAAAGGAUCCUAUUGAGAAAACUAGUUUGUCGUUCGCCGCUUUGAAUAGUGCAAGGUCAGCAGUUGAAAGUGGAGGUCCUACAAGUUGGGGGCAAGUCAUCAAUGUCAGCGAAAAAAUGAUCGUUUUGGUUUGGGGUACAAGCCUUCUGCUAAGGAAGGAGCCCUGGUCCCUGCAAAGGACCGCAUACGGAGCAUACAAUAAGUUUUCCUAAGCACAGGAUUUAUCCAUGGGGAUCAAGUUGGUGCAGUUGAAGAUGACACUGAAGAUGGAGAAACAUCAAAUCUGAUAUACCGAUGUGAAGCAACCUUAACAAAUUGGGAAGCAGUUGAGAUUCCAGAAGUUUUUCCUGUGUCAAAGUAAUUGUGUUUUCCUUUAUUUUUUCAAAAUCCUUAGCUCUGCCUAAGGCAAACGGAUCAUUUGUAUGGCCACUUUAAAUUUCAAAAUCAUUAUGACAAAU